CACUGGCAUCAGAGCAGAAUUUGAAACUGAAGAGCCGGCGGACAAGAGGCAAACCGAAUCCAGGAAUCCAAGACCGACUUUACCUCAGCAUGAAUUAGCCGCCGAACGUGUUUACUCGUCGCUCAACUUCAUCCAGAGUUCAUUGGACAGUUAGUCAGCUGAACUACAGCUGUUUUUCCCUUGAGAAGAGGAAGAGGGUGUCCGCUCUAAACUUUAUGUCGUGAUUUUGUCCUGCGUGUAAGGAAGAGCUGUCUCUCUGUCUGUUGGAAUUUUGAACAAUAUGAGGCGAAUCAGCCCAUACUUUCGUUUUAGUAAAGAACACAGUUUAAUCAAGAACUUUUAGCGGUAUCGUCGAGGGCUAGCCUUACGUGAGCUAAUCUGCGCUAGCUAGAGGCUCCUAGCAUCAGUUAACUUACGGUGUCCAAACCCAACUAAACUCACGGCAGGGAAGCGAUUAGAUUUGUUGUCAACAUUUGCUAAACAACUACGAACUAAACACUUUCUGAAGUUAUUAUUUUUUCUUUAACGACGUGAGCACCGCCAGGAGGCCGGUGGCAGUGGGUGCUUUUUUACUUCUUCCUGGUGGUGACGGAACAUGAGCAGUGCUGGUUAAGUGAUAACAACAGUCUGCACACUUGACUGGACAUUGGUGGCGAUGGCCCGGAGGAGGCUGGACAGUCGCAGUGGAUCCUCGGCUCUGCUGUCAGAGAUUCACUCUCACAUCCACACGGAUCCUCUGGACACCCUGUUUGACAUGGGCAAAGAACUGGGCAGGGGGAAGUUUGCAGUGGUAAAGCGUUGUGUGGAAAAGACCACAGGUAAAGUCUUUGCUGCAAAGUUCAUCAAGAAGCGUCGACGAGGUCGCGACUGCAGAGCAGAUGUCAUUCACGAGAUUGCUGUUUUAGAGGCAGCGAAGAACAACCCUCGGGUGGUGAACCUGAAUGCUGUAUAUGAGACUGAUCAUGACCUGGUGCUGAUGCUGGAAUAUGCGGCGGGUGGCGAGAUAUUUAACCACUGUGUGUCAGAUGAGUUGCUGCCUGAAGGUCAGAUCACUCGUCUCAUCAGACAGAUGCUUGAGGGUAUUCACCUGCUGCACCAGAGCAGUGUGGUCCACCUGGACCUUAAGCCCCAGAAUAUUCUCUUGACAAGUCUGAGCCCAUUGGGGGAUAUAAAGAUAGUGGAUUUUGGAUUGGCCCGCAGGUUGGGUUCUGCUGGGGAGCUCAGAGAGAUUCUGGGAACCCCUGAGUACGUAGCUCCUGAAAUUCUGAACUAUGAACCAAUCACCACAGCAACAGACCUCUGGAGUGUGGGUGUGAUCACUUAUAUGCUGGUGACAGGAGAGUCUCCCUUUGCUGGCGAUGACAAACAAGAGACCUUCCUAAAUGUUUCCCAGGUGAACGUGGAAUAUAGCAGAGAGACCUUUUCAAGGGUCUCUGAACUGGCUGUGGACUUCAUCCGGAAACUGCUGGUCAAAGCGCCAGAAGACCGUCCCAGUGCAGCCGAUUGCAUGACCCAUCCCUGGCUGUGGCUUCAGUAUUCAGGUUCUGAUCCGGUCCCCAUGACCCCACGCACUCCUCGGGAAAGGAGUUUUGGAGGGAAGUGGUCUGCUCCACCUGAGGACCCUGAAGACAAGGAGAACAUUCUGGACUCGCCGCACGCCAAGAGGUUUCGUUUCGAUGAGGACAUGUCAGCCACGGGUGACGGUGACAACUUAUGCUGAUCCUAAAGGGAAACCCGCUUGCACUAUAUAGCAUUGUCACAUUUGUGGCCCUUGUUUUGCUGGCUCAAGUAUUGGCCCACACAGCACCAGCAAACAUGCUUCUGUCCUAAAGCUUUCACCAUCCUUUGGUUGACCAAAGAUGAUUAUUUCAAAAAAGGGCAAAAUCUGGUGUAAAUUAUAAUAGUGAGAAUCUAAAUAUCUAUGUUGCUGUCCUGUUUCAAGAUGAGCUUUUUUCAUGUCAUGUUUGCAUUUUAAAUUAUUAAUUUGAACAUAUUGUCUAUUUUAAUUGAUAUUCACUAUUGAUUUUAUUUCCUGAGGGCUCUUAGCCCUGAUUCGAUUACUGCACUUAAGCACAAGUAGGAGUGCUCAGGAGUGCCAGAGGUUUUAAAGGGUCACUUCACCCCAGAAUUACAAUUCUGGCUUCUUUUACUCACCUUGUUGUUUCAAAUCCAUAGCAAGUUUUCAUUUUUAACUCUGACAGACUCUAUUGCUUAAAUCUCUUCACCCAAAACUCCAAAAACGAUUAAUUUAUGAAUUUUUUUUUUUACUUCCUGUGAAUUGAAUGUUUUUUAUUUCUCCAGAGACAUGAUCACUUUAUUAUGAAGAGAUUUUUUUAAUCACAUACAAAUAUUGGACUUGAACAGAUCAAAACAAACUUCAUUGGUUGCUGUUGAAAUUCUGGCAUGACGAGCAAGAACGAUCCUUAUUGGUUCUCCCACAUCAGUCAAGCAUUUUGCUUAUCUCAAAUCAAAUUGGUUCACCCAUGAUCUGUCAUCUCUUUAGAAGACUUUGACCAAGCUGUUUCUUUAGCAUCUUUACUGAAUGAUUUUGAAAUCGGCUGAAUAGACUUUCAGUGGAGGAACCGAAAUCUCUGCAGUCCUUCAGAGCAUCUUUAUUAAUGUUUAUAGUUUGAAACAACAAGGUGAGUAAAUAGCAGAAUUACAAUUUUGGGGUGAUCCAACCCUUUAAUUCUGCUUUAAAGGAGGAUGUGAGUGUUGGUUUAAUGUGUGUCAGUGUAAGAGGGAGUUCUGGAUUUCUGAUUAGGCACCUAGAGAGACUACAGGAAUGCCCUCUCAGCAUGGGUGUGCUUUUGUCUCACAACAUCAUCUUUCUUGUGGCAUUGACGCAUAAGUGGGCUCCGUAACAGUGUGACUCAGCACACACACCCUGGAUUACACAAAUAUGUGUUCGUAUUGGUCACAAACUUCCUAAAGAACGUCUAAAGAAAUGCAGGAAGGCACUUAAACCAUCUUUGUCUGCGUGAUUAAAAUAUCAGAAAAUAUUUGUAAUGGUGUUAGAUUUAUUAAAUUAAAUGAAUCUGUUGCCUUUAAAAAAAAAAAAAAAUCUUUUUAAUAUUUCCUUUUUUACUGUCAAUGUAUUGUAUAAUAAACCGUUAUUAAGCAACGUUAGCAUUGACACACAGCAGGCGCCUAAUGUCUCCGAGUCUGUGAUGAUCUAUGAUAUUCCUCCAUUUAAAAUGACUAUUUAUCUAUGCACCAAUCUGAGGUAGCUCAGGGUUUCUGUUAUCUUGUACAGUUGUUUUUAAGCUAAUGUUAUUGACUGAUGGAGGUUUCAAUACUCGUUCAUUCCGAGCCUUGUUCUCAGGGUUAGCUGUAUCUGCACAGUUUACCGGUUUCUAUUUCUCCAGUGCCUUUGUGCGCAUUUGUUUUUCCUCUAUGCUUGAGCCGCACAGCCUCACUUGAUCUUGUGUAAUGCCAGCGCUAAACCUUAUGUGGGUGUAUAAUUAAUAUUAAAGGGGUAGAUCACCCUGAAGUUGUUCCAUUCCUGUGUGAAUUGACUGUUUUUAAUGAACAAAACAUUGAGAAAAAUGUGAGUAAUUGAAAGUCUGGUGUUCUUUUUUAAGGCCUGGUUUAUUUCAAGUAAAUGAUUUGUUUGCUUUUGGUCACAGGGACGCAUAUUCAGUGGGAUAUGGAAAUGUUUUAAAGAUAUAUUUAUGGUCUUGGAAUACGUAGGGCUUGAAAAGAUGGGUAGUGAAUGUCAGCUGGUAUUGUUGAAAUGAAAUGAUGCUCA